AACAAACCGCUGUCAGUAGCAGCGGAGUUGGGCGUCGUUGCCCUGCUGUCUCGUUACGUAACUGUCGGUGUAAAUAAACUGUCUGUCGGUGUUGAGGUUGAAUAGUCGCGUCGUAAAGCCUGAGUGAGUUGUAAGCACACGGAAAUACUAGUGGAAACUCAUUUGCGUACCGUUUGCGCUACCUGCGGAUUUUUUUGUAGACGUCGAAGCCCCCGCCGGGCCGUGAAACGCGGAGGAGGACCUGGCUGCCAGGGCCACGGCUCGCCGUCUCCCGGGAAACGCGGCGGACGGAGCGUCCCAGCGCUGGGAGGACGGAUCGCGGGGCAGGUGGAAGGAGGAGAGGAGAGCGACGGGGGCCACCGCUCACCUGGGGAGAAGGUACCACGGGGGGCUCAAGGAGAGAGGCGCCUGUCACUGAGUUUCUUGUCUAAGCUGCCCACUUUGGUCAGACCUGCGACACAGGGGAGGAGGAUGGGCUACGACAUCGAGCGCUUCGUGGGCUACGUGAACGAAGGGCUGCUGUGCUGCGUGUGCCGGGACGUGUUAGAGGACCCCCUGCAGGCCCCCUGCGAACACGCCUUCUGCAGCUCCUGCAUCCACGGCUGGCUGGUGCACCACCACAACUGCCCCGAGGACCGGCAGCCCCUGGAGGGCGCUCUGCUCCGACCCCUCUUCAGGUACAUGCGCAACGACCUGAGCCGGCUGCAGAUCCGCUGCCGAAACCGGGAGCAGGGCUGCGGGAUGGUGUGCUCCCUGGAGUCCGUGGACCGGCACGAGCGCGAGUGCGAGUACGGCCUGGUGGCCUGCACCAACGCAGGUGACGAGUACUCGUGUUACCGCUGCGGGUGCCCCAUACAAGUGGAACGACGCUCCCUGGAGGCCCACGUGGCGGCGUGCGAGUUCCGGAGCCGCGAGUGCCCCCACGGCUGCGGCUACACCAUGCUCACGUGCGAGGACAGCCAACACAGCUGCGUGGCUGAGCUGCGGACCGAGCUGGAGCUCCUCAGGUCGGAGAUGAUCUGCAAGGUGGAGGAGGUGAGGCAUGAGAUGGAGUCCAGGCUGGACUCGCAGAGGAGGCACAUGGUGCAGAAGGAGAGUCUUCUGAAGAGCGAGGUGGAGGAGCUAAAGGGCCAGCUGUCCCGGGUGAUGUCGGAUGUUCGAGCGCUGCUGGGGGCGGAGCGUUUGCACAGACAGGAGCUGGAGCAGGCCGAGCUGGAGAAGCGCGAGCUGCUGGAGCUGCUGAAGAGCCUGCAGCGGGAGGGGCGCAGCCACACCCCCAGCCCCGCCCCACCUCCUGGAUCCGCCCCCGAGGGCCUGCGCAAGACCGGCGGCGCUCGCGGUCUCACACUUGACUGCAUCAAGAGGAAGUCCCGGGAGGUCACGGUCAUCUGAGACGCGACGGCGGGGGCCCAGUGGGACAAACGUCGCACCGUGGUUAAGACCCAACCUCUCACUGCCGUUCCAGCCGGACAGUAACAUCACCAGCUGCCACUGCCAUCCCAGCUCAGAGACACCCCGCACUUUUGCAGCGGGGACACUUGUGUACCUUCUAGCCUUUGUACAUUUCCGAUUUUCAAAGUUCAGAAUUGUGUAAUAGCGAGAAAAGGGCUCCCACGGCGCGCUUAACAACACACCGUCUCACACACACGACCGGAGCCUGUUUUUACGGCACACGCUCGGGAGGCUGCAGUAAUCGCCAUCAGCAGCCAGGUAAUCCCCUUCCUGUGUGUGAUCUGCUUUAAUACCUGACACUGUAGUGCUCUACACUUCAUUAUUCUUUUUAUAUCCAGAGCAUCCGCCUGCACACACACACACAUAUAUAUAAAGAGCAACCAACACACAGUGGUUGAGAGAUUUUUGCAUUAUGGAAAGAAACUAUAUGGGGAUUAGUUACAAAAUACAUAUUUUUUCCAGUCUUCUGCUGCUAACAUGUUUUAACAUAUCACCGUUAAAUAAUAUAUUAGAUAUUUUUUUCAAUAUUAAUUAGAAUCACAAUAUUCUGUUCCAUGUAUUUCAUGUAAGUCUAUGCCUAAUACACACUUCAGCAAAAAUGUAGUUUAGUCCAUACUGUAUGAAUUCACAAGAUCCUCAUGAUAUAAUAAAUUUACUGAGAUUUUGCUCAGUUGUGGGACACAUUUUAAAUAGCAUUUACUAUGAGAGCUGUUUUGUCUUCCCAAUUUGUAGGUUUCAAAUCUGAAUAUAUUUUACUUCAUAGUCAUUGAUUGAACAUAUAUAUUUUUAAGAUGUACUUAACCUUAAGUCACUUUAACCUACUUGUACUCUAACCCUCAGUCUCUCUGUGCUGUUGCAACACAAG